AUGAUGCCGGGGCUCACAGCGUCCUUUCUGCCCUGCGUCCGGGCUCUGCCGGAUGCGGUAAAGAAUUCACUCUGGGCCCCUGCCCCACCCAUGUUCCGGCCACAGGGUCAGAACGACUCCAGUCCAUUCUCAUCGCACCCCUUCCUUCUCAAUCUCCCGUUCAGCUUGACAGCCCACCACUGUUUUUGCCGCCAUAAGCGGCCUCAAUGCCCGGCCGGGCGAGGUCCACUGUUGUCCACUCCAACCCCUUUUGGUGGGGGACCCCUCUUCCCCUCCCCUCUUGCCAUGCGCGCCCUGCAGGUGCACUAUUCCCUUCCCUGA